CUAACCGGAAACUAAAGAAGAAGAAGCGGAAGUGCUGAGUUGUUGUCACGAACUGUCGCUGUUUACGCUUUCAUUCUUCUCUUUUUUUCCCUCUGUUUCGAGUCAUUUUGUUUACAUCCUGAUUUUAUCUCGUUAAAAUUUCACUUCCUGUUCGGUUUCCUGCCUCUAGACGACUUUCUCUCUCGACGAUCAACUCGCGGUUGAUUCUGUGGCGGGAAGUUUAAACGAUGCUAGCAGCAGUUAGCCUGUAUGCUAACUCGUCGAAGUGUUUGAAUGAAUAACUUUAUUUAAAUGUCACUGAGGCUCAGACAGUCCGACCCCCCGGUCCAUUUCAGUCCGGAUCAGUCCUGCCGCAGCUCGGACGCCGGUGACGUUUUAAUCCGCGCCACCAGGAUCCUCCUCCCGGACCUAGGACCAGUACCAGAACCAGGAUCCAGAUCAGCGUCCGGCAGCAGCCCGGGGCAGCAGCACCGGGUCAUUCCGGCUCCUCCCCCUGCAGUUCUUGCUCCUCCUCCAGCAGAGUUCAGCCCUGACAUGCGGCUCCACGCUAGGACCCACAGGGAGCGACAGCCCGGUGAGAGAGCCGCCUCCGUCUGUGAAUCCAACAUCCGUGGCACAUCACUGACUCCGCCUCUGCUUUCAUCGUCACUGUCAGGUGAUGAGGUGGUGACGUCACGCUUCAGCGCCGGAGGUCGCGGGGUCGUACUGACCGCUCUGAAACAACGCUCUCACAGCACCCCCUGUCGGAGGGAAGUCAAGGUGAAGCUACUGGACCAGGAGCCUGUCAACACCAGCUCCCAGGAUGCCGUAGGCCUGGAGGCGGGGCCAUCCUGUGGUCGCCGUGGUGAUUCCUUCAGUGCUCCACUGAUGAAUUCAUCAGCAGAGGCUCAGGUGUGUCAGAUGUCAGGUGACAUUCAGAGGCUGCUGCAGAGUGACAGGCAGUGUGGGCGGAGCCUGAACCAGCAGGUUUUGCAGCACAUGGAGAUGCUGCACAGUCAGCAGCUGCAGCUGCAGCAGGUUGCAGUACCUGUCCGUACCUAUUCAAUCAAUCACACCACUUCUUGGGUCACAGAACGUCUGAGGGUCACACACCUGAACACUGCAGUCUCCAGUAAACAGCAUCUGGUCACCAGUGGCCCUGUAACCAUGGUAACACCCAACCAAAGAGCUCAACACACCAGCAGUGACCCCAUGACCUCUGAAACUGCAGCCAAUCACAGUCUACUGACGGCAAAGAAGGUCAACCAGAUUCUGAGGGAGAUGAAACAUCUCAAGACUGACAUGAAGACACUGCUACUGUCCAGGUCCCAACCGCCUGUGUCCUCACAUCAGAACCAGACUCAACCUAAGGUUUCUCAGUCCCAGUCCCAUCAAAUCCAGUCCAAACCAAAUCUGGUCCACAAAGGUCCUGUGGUACCAUCCGUGUUGGAGGAGGCGCGUCAGGUUCUGCGUCAGGUUCGGAGGCGUAGGGAGGUUCUGGAGGAGAACCUGGCUUCUGUGGACAGAGCCAAGAACACAGAGGUCCUCCACUGCCACCUGGAGGCGCUAGCUGGUAACAGAGAUUGUUCUGACAAAGUCUGGAUCAAGAAGACUGUGGAUGCCUGGAUCAAAACUGCAUCCAGAGACAUUCAGGCUGAAUUGUCCUCACAUGAAGCUACAGCAGCUGCUGCAGGAAGCUCCGCCUCCUCAGGAAGGGGAAGGCCAAGGAGCACACUCAAACAGACAGGAAGUAAGACCACAGAGGGGCGCGGAGGACGAGGACCGAGAGCUGGACAGAAAGACGUGCAGGGGGCGGCGCCUGCUGGAGUCUCAGGUGAACUGGAGGAGGCGGAGUCUUACCUGACACAUCUGUACGGACGAAUACCGUAUGACAGCGAGGGACGGACCCUGAAGAAGACUCCAUACCUUCACUUUAGCUCACCUGCUCAGUCACCGCCCACCAGGAAGCCCUGCCCUCACCUGUUGGAUAAUGUCAGAGGUGUGAAGAUGAAGUCUUCUAAGACUCAGACCUGUUUGGCUUCUUCCCUUUGUUCAUUGCCUGGACGCCCGGGCUUCAUGAGGUCAGCUGACUCCGCCUCUGUUCCCAUGGUAAUUCCACUAGGUCUUCGCUGGAUAGAGUCGUCCUCCAGGUGCGUGACAGAGCGUUGGCAGGAAGUGACAUCACUGCCCGCUGUGGUCGAUGAAACAGCUGAGCGACACGCACAUGGGGAGGAGCGGCCGGACGCAAGUGAAGCUCCUCCUCCUCCUGUGAUCGAGAUGAAGAGUGAGGAAGAGGAGGAGAACAAAGACUUUCCUGGGACUGACUUCCUGUCUGUGGCCGACAUCGCCCAGGAGGAGGAGGAGGAGGAGGAGGAGGAUGAGAGUGCUGUAGAGCUGGUUGGAGGUCCAUCUCCUCCUCCUCCGGUUCUGUACCAGGGUCCAGUCUUUCCUCCACAGUCCUCCUCUUCCCUCCCUGACCAGGAUCAGACCUCUGUCCUGGACACCGGGCAGCACAGAGACCUGUUGGAGACUCGGCUGGUGGAGUGGGUGGAGCAGCAGGUGAUGUCCAAGAUGAUCUCACAGAUGUAUCGCCCCCUUCCCUUUGACCCCACCCAUGAUAUUUCCUCUGACCAAUCAGAGCAGGAGGAGCAGAGCAUGACCUCAGACAUUUUGGAGGCAGCAGGGGGCGCUGGUUUGCAGCUCUUUGUGGACUCCAGCAUGGCAGUGGACUCGGCUCUGAUCCGGCAGCUGGUGAACGAGGUUCUGGCAGAGAUUGUGGCUUCGAUGCUGGGAAGGAGGGACUCUGUGGCUUCAGGACCAGAACUAGAACCAGAACCACAGGGAUCAGGAGCUGAUGAGGAGGACAAACCUGUUCUUCUGGUUCCCACACCAAAACCCACCCCUCCUCCCAGCCCCAACACAGCCACGAGACAGACCACACCCCCAGCUACACCCACACCAUCUCGACCAGCCAGCGAGCAGAGAGACAGGUGUCCUGAGCCAAUCGCAGCUCCAGAGCUUAUGGCCACGCCCACACCCAGUCCAGACCCCGCCCCCUCAGCAGCAAGUCCCACUGUCUUUCAUCCACCCUCACAUGCUGUCACAUGGGGACAAGCUGAGCUGCCAUUGGACGAGGAGAGACCUGAAGAAUGUGUGGACACGCCCACACGACCGCUUGUGAUGUCAGUAGCAGAGGAGGAGCCACCUCUCCCCUCACCCUUCUCUUCUCCUCCUCUCCCUGACCCUGAGCCUGACCUUAGACCAGCGUCCAGCUCUUCAGACUCCGUCUCCAGUAGCAGCAGCUCAGAGACGACAGAGACGGAUGCUGUGAUGUCAGAGGGCCGUGUGCUCAUCAGCCUGAAUCAGCUGACCACCACCACAGAUGAUGGCGCCCUCUGCAGUUUGUCCAGUUCUCUGCAGGACAUGGACCAUGACCCGCCAAGUGAGGGACAGGUCAGAGGUCACCGUGUCCUGCUGAGUCUGAGGAGCAAGAUGGAAACACAGGCCUCAUGGGGGCGACAGCAGCAGGUGGAGCAGGAGGAGGACAGAGACAGUGAGAACAGCCGCUCACCUGGACAGGUCACUGCAGAUGUGUGUGUCUCUCUCUCAGGUGUGUCACAGGUCAGCCACUGCUCCAUCAACAUGGAGCCACUUGGUACACUGACCUUUGACCUUUCACUUUCUCCUCCCACACAGAGCAUUGGACAGGUGGACUCUGUUCUGCUCAAACUCUCCAACAGAAAGAAAACAGAAGAGAUGAAGAUGACUGACUCCUCCUCCUCCUCCUCCUCCCACUAACGUCACAAGGACACGGCCCCUCACUCUUGGCAUCGUUGUUUAUUUGUGGUUCACAUUAAACAAAAAGACGCCCCCUGUUGUCCACAGGCAGAGCCUUGUUUCUCUCCCAGAAUGCUUUGCAGGUUUAUGGUAUUGUAUCAGGUGAUGCAGAUUAUUUACUGGAUUACAAACAUUUUUAAUUGAUUUUGUAAAAACAAAUAAAUAAGGUUUUAAUAUUUAUUUUGAUCUAAAAAUGUUUUUCUUAAAUAUUCAUAAAAGAAGCAUAAACACGGAGGGCCUGAGAGGGAGGGGUGUCAGAGUGGGAGGAGCAUCAAGUUCUCUACAUAUACAAUCUUAAAGUCAGUGAUAUCUAUGUUUCUUUCAAAAUAAGACUUGAUUUGUCAUUGAAA